CCCCCGAGGAUGGGCCAGUGCAACUGCCGCAAGAAGAGAAAGGACUGCCAGGAGCUGACGGACGUGGAGCGCGCCAUCGAGACCGUGAUCAGCCAGUUCCACUGCUACGCCGUGAAGGGCCAGAAGGAGUACCUGACCCCCAACGAGAUGCAGGAGCUGCUGGUGCAGAAGCUGCCGCACCUGGGCAAGUGCGUGGGACCCCUGGAGGAGAAGAUCGAGUGCAUGGGAGACCCCAACGAGGCCAAGCUGGAGUUCGGGGAGUACUGGGACAUGAUGGGCGACGCGGCCAAGGGCUGCCGGAGGAAGUAGAGGGCGAUGGCGGGGACGGGGAGGGCCCCGAGGUGCCGCUCCCGGAGCUCCUGAGGCCGCCGAGCUCGGGGGGGACAGAGCGACCUCGGCGGGUCCCCCCUGCCCUUCCACCCCUGCCCUCCUCAGGCCUCCUGCCAGCCCCCAGCUCUGCCCGCUGUGGGGGUACCGGGGGGUCCUGGGUGCUCUGCCUCCAUCCCCCGGGACCCUGUGAGUUCGGUUCCCCCCGGUCCCGGAGCUCCGGAGUGAUCGGGACUCGGCUCCUUCCCCCUGAUCCCCCCGGGAUUUUGGGGCUCGAUCCCCCCAGCCCCGAUCCUCGGGACCCUCCGGGUUCGGUCUCCCCGGUCCCGGAGCUCGGGAGCGAUCGGGACUCGGCUCCUUCCCCCUGAUCCCCCCGGGAUUUUGGGGCUCGACCCCCCCAGCCCCGAUCCUCGGGACCCUCCGGGUUCGGUUUCCCCGGUCCCGGAGCUCGGGAGCGAUCGGUACUCGGCUCCUUCCCCUUGAUCCUCCCGUGAUUUUGGGGUUCGUUCCCUCAGCUCCGUGCCCAUAGGCGCCUCCACCCCCGGGUUUGUCCCAUCUCUGUCCCCGGGACCCUCCGGGUUCGGUUCCCCCUGGUCCCGGAGCUCCGGAGCCAUCGGGACUCGGCUCCUUCCCCCUGAUUCCCCCGGGAUUUUGGGGCUCGAUCCCCCCAGCCUCGGUCCCCGAGACCCUCCGGGUUCGGUUCCCCCCGGUCCCGGAGCUCCGGAGCCAUCGGGACUCGGCUCCUUCCUCCUGAUCCCCCCGGGAUUUUGGGGCUCGAUCCCCCAGCCCUGAUCCCUGGGACCCUCCGGGUUCUGUUCCCUCGGGACCCUCCAGGUUCGGUUCCCCCGGUCCCGGAGCUCCGGAGCCAUCGGGUCUCGGCUCCUUCUCCUCCGUCUCCCCGGGAUUUUGGGGUUCGUUCCCCACCAUGGCACCUCCAGGGCAUCUCCACCCCCGGGUUUGUCCCACCUCGCUCUCUCGGGACCCUCCGGGUUCGGUUCCCCCCGGUCCCGGAGCUCUGGAGCCAUCAGGAUUCGGCUCCUUCCUCCCGAUUCCCCCGAGAUUUUGGGGUUUGCUCCCCCAUUCCCGGUCCCCGG